CCUUAUAUAGUUUGUUCCCUCAUUUAAUUUUUCAAAUCUCCGAACUCUGUUGUAUUAAAAUAUGAGUACCUAUUCUGGAACGUGGGGCAAUAUUGCCUUUGUAUGUUUGAUAUUUAUGUCGAUUUCCCCAAUCAGUUCUGGAUCAUUUCUACGAAAAAAGUUGAAAUGCUGGAGGUGUGUAGAUUCGACUUCGGAUGCGCAGUGUUUUAAAACCGGCGAAUGGAUUGAAUGCGGCCCCUCACAGCACUGCUACGUGGAACAGCGAUAUGAAAAUGGAAUAGAAAUACACAAAAGGGGAUGCAAGCAAGAUACUGCAUGUCGAUCGUUAGCAGGGCAAAACCAUUUUCAAUGCAGCAAUUUUCUUUUUAAGAAAUUUGUUGGCAGGUUCAAGAGUAAAGUACCUGUAACAUGUCGGCAUUGUUGCGAUAAAAGUUUUUGCAAUCCUACUCAAACUGCCAAAAUAACAAUGGGAAGGUUAAAAAGGAAAAGUCCGCCACGACCCUUUAUACCAAAAGCACCAAGGACAACACCUAGCACUACAACGACAAAAGCAAUGCCUCCUGUUGUACCUCUCAUACCAGGAAAGCAGGUCAAUCUGGGAGAAGUCUUUUACCCGAGAGUCGGUUGGGUAUCACUUUCUCAAGUUAAAAAUCAGAGACCUCCUCCAGGACCAGUCUAUGCGGACGAUCCAAGUCAGCUGAACCGCGGAAAUGUCAGUGAAGAAAUCUACGAGUUCAUGCACCCACCUGUUGAGGAACUUCUUGUGAAAAAACAAGAAAGAAUAAAGAAAUGGAAAGAAGGAUGCACAAACGCAAAAAAUCCAGUUUUACCUCCACCUGAAAACUUCAAUCCGAAAGAAGAAUGCGUUAUCCAACCAGCAACGUCAUGUAUAGAGGAUGGAACGCUAGUUUUUCGACUUUACAAACUCGAAAAAGAAAACAAAAAUAAGGGUAACACAAGUGAUGACGAUGAAGAAUGUCUGCCGACGCCUUCUGUUGACACUGCUGUUGUUUACGACAACGAAGAUCAUUAUAUCAUGGUCGUCAGACUGAAACAACGCUAUGGUACGCAACUCCCAAUUAAAAAGCGUCGGCAAUAUUUUAUUGGUGACGAAAGACUUGCUGGCGUCGUCACUAGGAAGGAAAUUCAUCGCUAUAGAGCAGGAAAAGGCUAAUUGAAAAAUUAUUCAUCAAGAUACGUGUACUCAAACGUUGGUUUUUUGUUUUUGCUCAACAUUUUAUUUUUGAAGAGAGAUAGAUUACAUAUACACAUCGUUCGUUUGUAUCAUAUUUUGUAAAAUACUAAAAUCAGACGAAAUAUCAAUAAAUAUAUAUAUGAGUUAUAUUCAGAAGCGAAACUUCUGAGUAACUUUUCGCAUUGUCUCUAACACUCAGGUGUCAUGAUAACUGCGGAGCUCUUAUUCAUUCCAUUUUAAAGUACACCCCAUCAACAAAGGCCAAAAUAUUUAUGAACGCAAAAACAGUUAGUUAUGCCGUACCCCAGUACUUGCAUGCUUCAAAUAUUUUUGCUCUUUGUUAAAAGUUUUUUUUCCGAUUCUUUGUCUUCUCUCCUAUAUGUUGCAAUUAAAAUCUCUGUUGCGAGCGAAGUUAUGAAGAUAUCACGAAUACUGUUUAACAUAUACAGUUAUUUAUAUAUGCAUACCUUAAUCUAAUUUUGGUUAUUGUGGAAUUGAGAGUGUUUACUGACAAACUUAGAGGUUUUACAUAAUCAGGAUAACUUCAGACAGAAAGAUAAAUGAAUAAAUAUUUUGUAGUAAAUCAAUAACUAUAAAUGGAAUGUUUGAUUAGGAUCUAGGUUUAAAUCCCUCUACCCAGUGUGCCACCCCACUCUUUUAGGCAUACCUAUUGAGACGAUCCGUAGUAAUUGAAAUCAUUUAUUUGCCCGACUUAUUUCAAACUCAACCUUAGAUUUGCUAAUUUUUCUGGUUAUAU